AUGGCACCUCUCGGAGAGCAACUAGUAGACCAGCUCAAGGGCACCAUCGACAAGCUCGAGACUCGCGUUGCCGAGCUUGAGGCCCGUCUUCACGGCAAGGCUCAAUCAGCAGCCUCGUCCUUGUCCUCGAACUCGGAUGAGAUGAGAAUCAUCCUUAUGGGUCCCCCUGGUGCCGGCAAGGGUACCCAGGCCCCCAAGAUCAAGGAAAAGUACAACGUCUGCCAUUUGGCUACCGGUGACAUGCUCCGCGCUCAGGUCGCAAAGAAGACCGAGUUGGGCAGACAGGCCAAGAAGAUCAUGGACCAGGGCGGUCUCGUCAGCGACGAGAUCAUGAUUGGCAUGAUCAAGAGCGAGCUCGAGAACAACUCCGAGUGCAAGAGCGGCUUCAUCCUCGACGGCUUCCCUCGCACUGUCGCCCAGGCCGAGCGCCUCGACGCCAUGCUCAAGGCCCGCCAGCAGUCGCUCAAGCACGCCGUUGAGCUCCGCAUCGACGACGAGCUCCUCGUCUCCCGUAUCACCGGCCGUCUCGUCCACCCCGCCUCCGGCCGCUCCUACCACAAGAUCUUCAACCCUCCCCAGAAGUCCAUGACCGACGACAUCACCGGCGAGCCCCUCAUCCAGCGUGCCGACGACAACGAGGCCACCCUCAAGAAGCGUCUGGCCACCUACCACGACCAGACUGCACCCGUCAUCUCCUACUACCAGAAGACCAACAUCUGGAGAGGCAUUGACGCCAGCCAGGAGCCCGGAGCCGUGUGGAAGAACAUCCUGGGCGUCUUCGAGAAGGGCGGCAACGGUAACAUCCCCGCCUCGGGCAGCCUUCUCCAGAAGAUUGGUCUCCAGAAGUAG